AACGGUCGCGUCACACAACCUACCUCUAAGCAUCCAUCUCUUUCAGCUCUUUGAACAGACAACACAACCUUGCGCCACGCUCCUCCAACAUCUUCGCCCUGUCGCAUCAGGUGCCUUUGCUAUUGUCAACCUCCGCGAUCAUAACUAUCUUCACGUUUCAUUAUUUCGCCCGUUGUUUGGCGACCAUUGCAUCCACCGCCUUGCUUGCUCCAUUGCCGGCCGCUCUCCUCCAGCCACAUUGAGAAAUCAAAACAAUGAAUUCCCAUGCAACGCCACGCACUGCCUUUCAAGGGCGCUCGUUAGGUGGCUCGGGACUCCCUCCGCAGUCGAGGCAGCCAGUUGCUCCUCAAGUGUCCUCGAAUGAAGACUAUAGUACGAUUCCGGAGGAGGACCGCGAACAUAUUGAUGAAGUUUUUGAUUUGAUGGACAUGAAAAAGAAGGGAUGGCUCAACAGUUACGAGUUCAGACACUCGCUAGCAGCGCUAGGCUUUGAUAUGUCCAAGCCUGAUUACUUCAGAGAACUACAGUCGUACGGCUCUGUUCCUCCCGAAUGGCAAGAUCCUCACAACUGUCCUGUCAACCGCCUCUAUGUUUACCUCGACCAAUUUCGAUUAUGCGCUGCGAAGUUACUAGCCAACCGCGACCCCAGACAAGAAGCGACAAAAGUGUUCAACAUGUUUGAUUACGACGGAGAUGGUGUUAUUUCCUUCGAGGACAUGCGACGGCUAGCUUCCGAUAUCAAGGAAGAGAGGACCAUGACAGACGAGGAAAUCCAGAGCAUGAUUGAGCAUCUGGACCACGAGGGUAAAGGCGGUGUAAACUUGGAAGAAUUCAUACAGAUGAUGGAGGAGGCUGGUUAAGCCCGACCACGGAAGUUCAAAGAAUGGCACAAUACCAACCUUGCCAGGACAUGACAGUAAAAAAAGUUGGGUGCAAGUGGCAUCGCUCGGGGUUUGCAUAUUAUACACGUCUGUCGCGCAACGAGGUCGAUAUGUGGGUUUGCAACAGUGAAUCUCCAUCUUGAGCCGAUAAGGUGCUUGUUGCAACAGAUCGAGGUACAUGGGUGUAUCAGAAUCGUCCUCGCGAGCACAGAAUUGUCCCGAAUACACCAGGCUUGGCUAGCCGAGUCAAGCCACACUGUCAAACAAAGAAUGUUUCAGGCAGCGACCUUUCAAGCGGUUUGGGUAUGUUGGUUAACUGCUGGGCGCAUUAAGAGAAAACAGGAAUGGCGUAAAAUGGCUACAGCGGAGUCAAUGGGUAGAUUUCAAUAACAUCUAAGAAUUGUUUUUUUUUUUUCGAAUGCGCUAGAUGCGCUGUCUAAAAUCCCAG